UUCACGUUUUGUUUUUGCCAAAAACGCGUUAAUUUCUUCAUUUAGGAUUCGAGCCGCAGAAUCGGCUCACGUUAUGUUAAUCAUUGUUUUGAAAUGGCAGGUGUUUAGACAUAUUACGGUUGCCUUGUCACGUCUCGAAAACAUUAAGGCUAAUUUUAUCACAGCGUCGCCUCCAAAUAUGCGGCUUUUGUUUCCUCAUUUAACGCAGCGACAGGCCAUGUAGGAUUACAACGUGUAAACAAAUGGCUAAGCAUUUUUAAAUUUCAUAUAAGCGCCUUUUUAUAAUCAGUUUAAUCUCUCAUCUGAAAGAAAUCCAUCUUUAAUGUUAUUAGAAUUAACGUUUAAUUUUUUUGCUUAAGCCUGUCAUCUGACUUCCUUGUUUACUUCUCUGUCUUGAAAUCUGAAAGCUUAUUUUAAAUUAAAUGGCUUUACUUUUUAAUAUUUUCCUUAAGACACGUCUUCGAUAUUUAGGACUAUGGUAUGGUAGGCAUUGGAGAUUCUAACACAAAGCUGGUAAUGUGAGUCCCAUCAAAUUCUCUUUAGCUAUAAUUUAUUUCCUUCAAAAGGACUUAAAUCUUUCAGUUUCUGAAGUCGGGAAACUAGUGUGACUUGGUUGAACAGUUCCUUGUUUUGAUCGGGUUAGAAUUCACCAUCUUUAUUCACUUAAUAUUCACUUUGUUGUCUCGUCAGAAUUCCGAGUCAAGCCCUUCAGACGUCCUUGUCAGUAAACAACUGAUCUUAAGAGUGUACAACUGAAGCCCUGAAACGAAGCGUCUAACACUAAUUCUUUCCUGUAGAGAUCUUAUUUUUAGUGACAAUUACUUGUAAGAGUUUAAAUUUGAUCGUAGAGCUAAUGUUUCCUGCGCUAGAAAUAACCCAAGUAAAGAAAUUGAAAAUAUAUCAACGCUGAAGUGUUGCUCAACUCUGGUACCGUCGAACAGCGCAAUUCGCGAUAUUUUCAUAUGAAUUACUACAAAGGUAUAACAGUUAUUGACUUGCUUACAUAUCGCUUCGCGGUACAAUUGACAUAGAACGAAAUGAGUCGUUGUAAUCAAAUUAUUUCCUUUCCGAGGCAAACUGUGUUCACUUCCCGCCCGAACAUUAUAGGCUUCGAGAAGACAAAAGAAUAAACAACAGAAACAAUUUCCCCUAACCCCAAAGUAGUAACAGCUGCUAACAAGCAAAAUAAUUACAAGCUUAAGAGAUUUGCAGUCCGUGUAUUUUGGUGAAGAUAUUCGGUCAUUCUCUUUAGAUGCUAUAUUUAAAAACAUUUACGGUGCACAUGCACUUUCUUGUAGGAAAAUAUUUUUAUUACAAGAAAGUCGAGGUUGUCAUAAGGAUAAAGCCACAUUUUAAGAACAGUACCUCUGCCCCUUUCAAAGUUUAGGUUUUUAUUUUUUUACUUGGCAAUCGCGCAAACAGGAUAAAAACAAACUCGUAAAAUUACCCAAUCGUCGGUAACAGCGCAAUUCCAUUUAUUUUGUCCAUUGUCUCUUCAAUAACCUUCAAGCUAUUUUGACUGAAAUAUUGUCGCGGUUUCUAUAGUUUAUUAUUGCAGGAUUUUCGCCAGUCACCAUACUGCUUUCCAAGCAAUCAUUUCCAUUUGAGAACAGUUUAUUUGUUGUUCAACUUAUGGAUUAUUUCAUUCAAAACCGAAACCAAAAUUUCCAGGAUUUUCGAUGUGCUUGUAGCUUGCAAGGUUUAAAUCGGAUGAGGAUUAUUUACAAGCUGAGAACAAGAUUAUUUCCUGAUCGGCCCCCUUUUCCCACUCAGCAAGAUAUUCAUCAGGUGCAAAAGGUUCGUGACAAAAGCUUUAAGACUUCUCUAUUUUAAGCCAUCAUUUGGAAAUAAUUUCAAGGCUCGUAAUAUUAAGCUUGUCUAUUUUUACUGCAUAUCCUUUGUAGAUAUAGCAUCUCAACCCGAUCGCGUUCAACUACGUUCGUUAUCAACAACGAAAACCUAGCAAGCCAGAAAACAUUUCGAUUUUAUUUUCAGUUUGCCCUUCUUAGAAUUUCCCUCCGCCCAAUUUGCCAAAUAAAAAUUACAUCGAAACCCUGCUGUUUUUUUUCGUUUUUAAUUUCCUUCGUAAACGAAAAUGAGCAAAAAUUGUCCGCCUUCAAGACAUGUGUCACAACCUUUCUAAUUAGUUGUCUUCUUUCCUUUUAUUAAAAUUUACGCUCACAUUUUGAAAAGUCUAAAAACUUGAGGUUUUUUAGAACUCUUUGAAAGAGAGUAAUGUGUGAACUGUGAAGUUAGCGUUCGCGUAAAUUGCUGCAAAUACUUUAUUUGUAUUGUGAUCUGGUACCGAGUUUGCCUUGUAAAAUUUGGUUUUGGAAACACUCUCAGCGCGCCGAUGUUUAUAAUGAAAGCUAAAACAUCACGUCUCCGUCCCAGCACAUCUUGAUUCAGCCCCAGUUUUAAUAAGGGAAACAUUUAUAAGUGUCACCUUGCACCAUUUUCAAUAUGGCCGGAUUAACUGAUCUAUUUUUGUGACCCAAAGCAAUCACAGGAACGACGUCACGAAAGACGCAGCUUGAAACAAUUGGCCAGUUUUUUGUCAAGGUGUAAAUAUCAACUCAUUUAUUAUUAACAAGGUGUCUGGUAUCCCGAACGAACUAAUCAAGAGGAAAACAGGCCAAGGGUACACCACCGUUAAUUGUCACUGCAUUCGCUAUAAAUUCGCAUCAGUGGCUCGAAGUUUGCCCAUACAGCUUCAGCACACGCCGUGAGACGACCGCGCUAGAGACCUUUCGACAGGUCUGAUGACGGGAUGCAAUGUUAUCUUGUAAUGCGACUCGAGUUUCAGUCAGCUUAUCGCUUGUCAGAGGCUAAAUAGCGCUGUUUAGUACCGAACGACCUGGCUUAGGGUCGAUAGGCUUGGAGCAAGGGCUAUUUUUUAUCUAGCUGGCAAAGUAUGACGAGUCUACGGGCUUAACCGGAUGCGAAAACUGCUUUUCAGAACACGGAAGCCGGCGAGAUUCGCUUGCGAAACCAAAAAAAUGUUGGUAUAAAUAGCAGUGGCCGCAAUGACAAAUUGCUUGGAAUCGCGCUAGACGAACCUCCUUUCAAACUAGACAGAUCCUCAAGAAACUGAAAGAUUUAUUUUUGAAAAUAUGGUGAAGAACGGCUCCACUAAUUCGACUGUAGACCUCAGCAACAUCGAAGCUACUUUUCUCGCCUCAGUGAAUGUAGUAUUCAGCCUUUGCGGCAUCAUCGGCAAUGUCUUGGUCCUCAUUGUGAUCGCACGGAACCGGCAACUUCACACUGUCACGAACGUUUUCAUCUCUAGCCUGGCACUGGCAGAUCUGUUGGUAUGCAUCGUUGCUCAACCAAUGAACGCUGUGUUUUUGUACGGACUGCCUCCAAAUCCAGUCUACGGCAUGACGCGAAAGACAUUUUCCUUCGUCUCUAUGCUUGCAUCGAUCAGUAAUCUGGCCGUCUUGACCGUAGAUCGCUACAUAGCCAUCGUAACACCUAUGCAGUACCAGCUCAAAGCGAAUUUCAAGCGCGCUUCUAUCCUGCUUUGUCUCAUCUGGGUUAUCUCCUUGGGGCUGGGAAUACCGAGUGGUAUUAUACAAUCGGUUCAGCGUAUCACCAAGUACUAUACACUCGCUCUUGUGGUGAUCAUUGUCCCAAUUUACAUCCGUAUUUAUUUGAUCGCACGCGGUCAAGAGCGCGUCAUCGCAAGACAAGCGGAACACAUAGAAAAAGACUCAAAAAAGAAACGCGACAGAGAGAACAUAGCCGCGAAAACCAUCGGUAGUGUCUUAGCCGUCUUCAUCUUCUGCUGGCUUCCUCUGAUCGUCAUCCCGAUGAUUUUUCGUUACAGCGCCGCCAACCGGGUUGUCAUGCGAGCUUUAAAAUGGGCGCAGACUGUCGCUCUUUGCUCUUCGGCCGUCAAUCCUGUUAUCUAUAGCCUGAAGACGCAGAUAUUCAAGCAAGAGGUGAAAAAAGUGCUCAGAAGCACGCUGCGGCGGAACUCUUGGGAAGACAAACCGAUGGCGCUUGUCUAAACUUAAAACCUCAAGUGUACUUCAUUCAAUUCAGAAAACUGAAAGGAUUUGGAGUCUUAAAAUAAGGUAGAAAACCGGUUGUUCAACAUAAACUGACCUGUUGUACACAUUUUGUGACUGUAAACAUUUCUUCCUGUAAAAAUCUGCAAUAUUAUGACUAAAACAAAAAGAUCUUUUGAAACAUUGAAUUUUGUAAAUACCAAAUUAGGGAAGUAUUUCAUUGCCUCUGAAAUCUCAAAUCGAUUAUAUGUAAAUUACUUGGCAGCAGUCACUUGCCCGCAAUGCUAUUUGUUCACUUUGAUCGAUAAUUAAGUAAUGAAUUGCGGAACUCGGAUGGUUUCAUUUGUCUAUGUUGAAAUGCUCGACUUUGGAGCUUUCAAUCAUAUUUACCUAUGGAACUACCAAACGGAAACAAUCGACUUAACAAUUCACAAUAGUCAGACUAUUUAUAAAAACAUAUUACGCAUAUUUUGACAGUAGAUAUAAAUGCAGAAUUAAACUGUUCCCGCCUCUGCAUUUUUCGUAUUUUCUUUCAAAAUCAAUAAUAAUAAUAAUAAUAAUAAUAAUAAUAUUUAGUGAGGGAAUCCAACUCGCCAAAGGCGGUUUUCAGUGGAGCCCUCCUAAAUAAAAAUCACCUAAAAAUGACAUAAAUAAGAAUUACCUAAUAAAUUACUACAAGCUAAAAUAAAUAAGAGUAAAAAGAGUUCCUAUUAGUUAAUUAUGUACCUCCGUCAAUUGUAGAUGCCUCCUCGUGUGAUCUGAAAUUUUUGAUGGUUGAUUGAACUUUUGCUGAAAAUCAGCGGGAUUCUUGAGAUUGUAAAUAUAUCUCACAGAGAGAGAGAGAAGACAGUUGUCCAAUAAAAAUGUAAAGUUAAAAACGGAAUCCUCGAUGUCAAUACACAGUUUGUGGGUCAAUCUCUUCAAACGAUCCACCCUCCUUUUCUUGCCAAGGUUUUUGCCCUUAUAAGUUGUCUUUCCUUAUAUUGUCGUUUUAAUUUCAGGUGUAAGUCAUAAACAAGCAAAUUAACUUCAUUUGACAUGACACACAGAAAUAAAUGUUCCAUUUGCUCAAGUA